CUCUCUCUCUCUCUCUCAGGGUGGAGGCAGACCGCAGAUCGUCUCUUUCCGUGGAUGGAUGCAGGCAGCGGAGGAAGGGGAGGAUUGGCGGUUCUCGGUUCUCGGUUCUCGGUUCUCUUCCUCGGUCUCUGGUUGUGUUUUCCGGAUACCUGCACCAUCAUCAGCGCGACUUAAGAUGAGCUGAGGACUGAUUAUUGAUCCGCUGCAUCAGGCUUGAAUCUCCCUGAGACCAAAUGGAGCAGGAUGUGGAGAGUCCGGCCGCCGUUAGGAAGCCCAAACUGCCCAAACAGGCCCGGGAAGACCUGCCCAAGCAGCUGGCAGAGGUAGACCGAGCAAAGAAGAUCCAGCGCUACGUCCAAAAAGAUGGGAAGUGCAACGUCCACCACGGGAACGUCCGCGAGACCUACCGCUACCUGACAGAUAUUUUCACCACGCUGGUGGACCUGAAGUGGCGGUUCAACCUGUUCAUCUUUGUGCUGGUGUACACGGUGACAUGGCUGUUCUUCGGCCUGAUGUGGUGGCUCAUCGCCUAUCUCCGUGGCGACCUGGACCAUAUAGCUGAUGAUCAGUGGACUCCGUGCGUCAACAACCUCAACGGCUUCGUAUCGGCCUUCCUGUUCUCCAUAGAGACGGAGACCACCAUCGGCUACGGAUACAGAGUUAUCACGGACAAAUGCCCCGAGGGAAUUGUUCUGCUUUUGGUCCAGUCAGUGCUGGGGUCCAUCGUCAAUGCCUUCAUGGUGGGCUGCAUGUUUGUUAAGAUCUCGCAGCCCAAGAAGCGAGCGGAGACUCUUGUGUUUUCCACCAACGCCGUCAUCUCCAUAAGAGACGGACGGCUGUGCCUGAUGUUCAGAGUCGGAGACCUCAGAAACUCGCACAUCGUAGAGGCUUCGAUCAGAGCCAAGCUCAUCAAGUCAAAGCAGACCAAGGAAGGGGAGUUCAUUCCUCUCAACCAGACAGACAUUAACGUAGGCUACAACACCGGCGAUGACCGGCUGUUCCUGGUGUCACCGCUCAUCAUCUGCCACGAGAUAAACCAGCACAGUCCCUUCUGGGAGAUCUCCCAGGCUCACCUGGCCAAGGAAGAGCUGGAGAUCGUUGUGAUCCUGGAGGGAAUGGUGGAGGCCACAGGGAUGACGUGUCAGGCCAGGAGCUCCUACGUCAGCAGCGAGAUCAAGUGGGGUUACCGCUUCAUGCCCGUCCUGACGCUGGAGGACGGCUUCUACGAGGUCGACUACAACAGCUUCCACGAGAUCUACGAAACCAACACGCCCGCCUGCAGCGCCAAAGAGCUGGCCGACACGGCCGCCCGCACCCGGCUGCCCCUCACCUGGUCGCUGGCCAGCAAGCUGAGCCAACAGGGGCUGGCCGAGUCGGAGCAGGACAGCGAGGCCGGCCCGGAGAGCCAGGACAAGGCGGCCGAGAGGAACGGGGAGAUAGCCAACCUGGAGAGCGAGUCCAAAGUGUAGCGAGAACCGAGCGGCUCAGCCAGCGCACUGCGGGAGGGAGAACUGUAGAAAUCCUUUACUAGAUCCGCUUUUCAGAUUCACACCUGGAGAACCAGAACAUGUAGACAUGAGGCCACAGCUGGACUGAGAAUCCUCUGCAUGUUUCAGCUGUUAUGUGACGUUUCCUCAGAUCCCUGUUAUUUUUUCUAACCAGAUACUCCUAGGGGCAUUUGAAAAAGUAUUUUUGUACAUAUUAUAAUCAGUUUUGAAUUCUUUGUUUUGUUUCUGUGUGAAUAUCUACAUGAUGUUUGAUACUAAUACCUUUAGAUUAGUUCUGUAUAUAUUUAUGCCUUACUGUAUGUAUAAAGCUUUCAAUAAUCUUUUUUCAGAAAUAUAUCGACGCAUGUAACAGUUCAUUUAUCUGGUAUUCUGCACAAACUGGACAACAUUAACGCUCUGAGACAAACAUGGAUGGAUGCAAGCUCUAGUUGAAACCAAUGAGGAAUUCUUCCCCAGAUGAAAAGUGUGUGUUUAUGAUUGAACUAGACCAAGCCAUGACUCGCUGCUUGCAGCUGAUCCACUUCAGACAACGGCCCUUUAAAACUGCAUUUUGUCACUUUUUUGCACACUGGAGACUCCUUGUCAGGCGCAGGAUGUUAGCUGAUGUUCUCCAAAUUUUCCUCACAUGUUACCUAAAAUCAUAGACAAUAAUAAACAUUAAGUUUCUUAUUAUGCACCUGACAAUUUAUUUUGCUUGUUUUUGUUUUCACAAAUUGUUCUGGUUAAUAGACUUCAUAUGAUUUACUCUUUGAAGCUUAAAGUUCAAGCUAAUAGGCUGUAAACAAUGAAUAGACACAAUUAAUUGCAAACUAAUGGAUUAUUAGAUUAAAAUUGGUUGCAAUCCAUUAACUAAUGUCCGCUCUUGGACCUUGUUUCAGUGCUGUACUUUGGCCGCCAUCCAGCAGAGGGCGCCGCUGGUCGUCCUUAAAGGGAGCCAUUAAUGCAGAAGUAAAGAUGGCGGACUGUCCCGGAACCGGAAACAGAAACAUUCCAAACAGAGUUCGGUGUUGGAUGGAAACGAACUUUAUUCGGUUCUGUUCGUUUAACUGCAGCGGUUUCAGCUUCGUGUCGCUCUUUCAGACGAACUGCGGAAACUUUUCAACCAGCAGCUGCGAAGACGGAAAGUUUAAAUAAUUUCAUUUUUCUAUUCAGCAAAAGCUAGGAGGUUGCUGUUUAUUUAUACAUGUUUAAGUUGUCUAAUAAUACGAGAAAACAACAAUUUUCUGUUUAUUCAGUCAGUAAAUUAAGAUUUUAUGUUUUAAUUUAUGCAACUUGUGAAAAAUGUAACCCUUUGUGUUUUGGAGAGACGGUCGGCCGUUUUGAUUAAAGAGAAAAUUACAAAUUU